CCGCCUCUUCCGGUGACGUAGUUCCGCUCGCCAUGGCUCGGUUGGUCCCGGUUGUAGCGCUCUUCCUGGCUCUUUGUGGGUCGGUUCGGUCCAUUUCCUUCCAGCUGCCGCCCAACAGCCGGAAAUGUCUGCGGGAGGAAAUCCAUAAGGACGUGCUGGUGACCGGAGAGUAUGAGGUGUCCGAACCGCACGGCCAGGGCCAAGUCCGCCUGAAGAUCAUGGACUCGGCUGGGCACAUCCUCUACUCCAAGGAAGACGCAUCGAAGGGGAAGUUUGCCUUCACCACCGAGGAGUACGACAUGUUCGAGGUCUGCUUUGAGAGCAAACACCCCGCAGGUUGGUGCCGUCCGGUCUGAUCCUCAA